CUCUGUGGAUAUAAGGACGUCUGCGGAGGAGCCCGUAUUGUUUUCAGGUGGAUCUACAUGAUGGAAUGGAGCGAGUGUUGAGUUUGAGCAGCUGUGAGACGGAGGAGUUGAACAUGGAGCAGCAUUAGUCCGGAGAUAGCCCCAGGCAGCAGAGCCACAACCAGGAGGAGGAGAGUCCCACGGCAGAGUGAAGAAAUGGCUGGCGGAGAUCACCUAAUUCCAGCAAAAAUGGAUGGAAGACCCACCUGUGACCAGUGUGGAAAGACUUUCACCAGAAUGAGUGGGCUGAAGGAACACCAACGCAUUCACACUGGAGAAAAACCAUAUCACUGUGACCAGUGUGGGAAGACUUUCACCAGAAUGAGUGGGCUGAAGAAACACCUACGCAUCCACACUGGGGAAAGACCAUGUGACUGUGAACUGUGUGGAAAGACUUUCACCACAGUGAGUGGGCUGAAGGAACACCAACACAUCCACACUGGAGAAAAACCAUAUUAUUGUUACCAGUGUGGGAAAACUUUCACCAGAAUGAGUGGGCUGAAGAAACACCUACUCAUCCACACUGGAGAAAGACCAUGUGACUGUGAACUGUGUGGAAAGACUUUCACCACAAUGAGUGGGCUGAAGGAACAUCAACGUAUCCACACUGGAGAAAGACCAUAUUACUGUGACCAGUGUGGGAAGACUUUCACUGUAGCAAAUCACCUAAAAAUCCACCAGCGCAUCCACACUGGAGAAAGACCAUAUAACUGUGACCAGUGUGGGAAGACUUUCACUAUAGCAAGUCACUUAAAAAUCCACCAGCGCAUCCACACUGGAGAAAAACCAUAUAACUGUGACCAGUGUGGGAAGACUUUUACCACAAUGAGUGUGCUGAAAGAACACCUACGCAUCCACACUGGAGAAAGACCAUAUGACUGUGAUCAGUGUGGGAAGACUUUUACCAUAGCAAGUGCCCUUAAAAGGCAUCAUCGCAUCCACACUGGAGAAAGACCAUAUAUCUGUGACCAGUGUGGAAAGACUUUCACCACAGCUAGUAACCUAAAACUCCACCAACGCAUCCACACUGGAGAAAAACCAUAUAAUUGUGACAAGUGUGGGAAGUGUUUCACCACAGUAAGUCACCUAAAAAUCCACCAACGCAUCCACACCGGAAAAAGACCGUAUGAGUGUCACCAGUGUGGAAAUGCUUUCACCAGAGCAAGUGACCUAAAAAUCCACCAACGUAUCCACACUGGAGAAAAACCAUAUGAGUGUGACCAGUGUGGAAAUGCUUUCACCACAGCAAGUUCCCUAAAAAUCCACCAACGCAUCCACACUGGAGAAAGACCAUAUGAGUGUGACCAGUGUGGAAAUGCUUUCAUUACAGCAAGUGACUUAAAAAUCCACCAACGCAUCCACACUGGAGAAAGACCAUAUGUGUGUGACCAAUGUGGAAAGAAUUUCAUCCAAAUGAAUGUGCUUAAACGUCACCAACACAUUCAUACUGGAGAAAAACCAUAUAACUGUGACCAGUGUGGUAAAGCUUUCACCUCUGCAAGUCACCUUAAACAACACCAACGCAUCCAUAGUGGAGAAAGACCAUAUGAGUGUGACCAGUGUGGAGAUGCUUUCAACACAGCAAGUCACCUAAAACAACACCAACGCAUCCACAGUGGAGAAAGACCGUAUGAGUGUGACCAGUGUGGGAAGCGUUUCACCCAAAUGAAUGGGCUUAAAUGUCACAAACACAUUCACACUGGAGAAAGACCAUAUGAAUGUGACCAGUGUGGAAAUGCUUUCACCAGAGCAAGUGACCUAAAAAUCCACCGACGUAUCCACACUGGAGAAAGACCAUAUGAGUGUGACCAGUGUGGAAAUGCUUUCACCAGAGCAAGUGAACUAAAAAGACACCAACGCAUCCACACUGGAGAAAGACCAUAUCAGUGUGACCAAUGCGGAAAGAAUUUCACCCAAAUGAGUGGGCUGAAAUAUCACCAACGCAUCCACACUGGAGAAAAACCAUAUCGGUGUGACCAGUGUGGAAAUGCUUUCACCACAGCAAAUCACCUAAAAAUCCACCAACGCAUCCACACUGGAGAAAAACCAUAUGAAUGUGAUCAGUGUGGAAAUGCUUUCACCAAAGCAAGUUACCUUAAACAACACCAACGCAUUCAUACUGGAGAAAAACCAUAUGCCUGUGCCCAGUGUGGAAAGAGUUUCACCCAAAUGGCAAGUCACCUAAAAAUCCACCAACGCAUCCACACUGGAGAAAGACCAUAUAACUGUGACCAGUGUGGAAAUGCUUUCACCAAAGCAAGUUACCUAAAACAACACCAACGCAUCCACACUGGAGAAAAACCAUAUGCCUGUGCCCAAUGUGGAAAGAGUUUCACCCAUUUGAAUGGGCUUAAACAUCACCAACACAUUCAUACUGGAGAAAAACCAUAUGACUGUGACCAGUGUGGGAAUGCUUUCAUUAAAGCUAAUCGCCUAAACAUCCACCAACAGACCCACACUGGAUAGAAACCCAAGUCCGUCCCAUAAUUUCAUGCCCACAACCUAAAUCCAUCUACACUUCACAUCUGUCCUCACUGUCGUCCAUUCACAAAUGUAAAAACCUCUGAAAUUAUAAUUACUCUGUCUUAAUUGAAAGAAAUCUUGAAUGCUCUUUGGGACAAUAUUAUUUUUUUACUUUAUAAAUCAUUUACGCUAUCCUGCAAUUUUAAGGGUUUCAAGUGGAAUAAAUCAAUUGUUGGUUGCUUCAAAAUAUCCUUCUUUAUUACUUACUUUAUUUAUAAUUAGGUAUAUUAUCAGUACAGGUUCAGUUAUUG